AUGUGCGUGCCUGCGCGUGAAGCACACUCCAUUCCCCGCCUCGCAGGCGCCCCGGGCCACGUGGAGAUCGCCGGCUCCAACGCGGCCGCCAAGCUAGUUGCUGACGUGGCGGCCGUCAAAACAGACACCUGCCUCGCCCUCAUGGUCGGCUACGAGGGCGCCCCGGCGCCGCUGCUGCCGUUUGACGGCGCGACGCUGCGGGGGUCGGACGAGAUCGCUUGGGUGGCGCUGGACAGCGCGAAGCCGGGCCGCGCCCGCCCCGACGGCGCCCAGUGCAUCGUCGCGCUCGCCGCGCCCGCGCUCAGCGCCAAGCUCGCGCCGCGCGCGGCGGACGGCUCGCUGCCGCCGCAGACGCCCGAGAUGCUCGCGGCGCUGGCGCCGGUGCUGCACGAUGCGCUGCGGCGCGCGCUCGCGGCGGCGGGGGUGCAGCUGCCGGAGCCGGCAUACAUCCAGGCGCACAGGUGGGGCAGCGCGUUCCCCUCGCAGCCAGUCGGCAGCACGUGCCUGCGCGCGGACGCCGCGCGGCUGGCGGCGUGCGGGGACUUCUGCCUGGGGGGCGGCGUGGAGGGCGCCGUCAUCAGCGCAAGGGCGGCCGCGGACGCGAUCCGGCAGCACUUUGAGUCCUGA